AGUGAUAGUGCUGUUUGCGCGUGCUUGGUCCCCCUGGCGUGCAGCAGCGCGCAUGCCCACUGCGCUGACGCCGCGGCUCCAUGUGUGUGAGAGGCGCAUUAUUUGGCAACCGAGGCGGCGGAGCGGGGAGGGCUGCGAGUGCUGAGGGUAUCCCCGGGAUUUUUUUGUGUAUGUGUGUGUGUAUGUGUGUGCGCAUACGGCGAAUUAUCAGACUUAAUUGACACUCAAAACCUCCAGCAAGACCUUCUGACGAGCGGAGCGGCGAGCCGGUGUGGCCAUGUCUGACGAGGCGGUGCGUCAGACGCGGAGUCAGAAGCGGGCGCUGGAGCGGGACUCACUGCCCGUGGACCUGGACGUGAAGAAGGUGAAACUGGAAGCUGGCGCAGAGAGCCGUGACCGUCCGGUCCUGCGGCCUAGGCCUGAUGCCUCCACCCGGACCUCCAAUAUUCUGAAUGCCGGUGAGGUGAAGGCCACCAUUAAAGUGGAGGUGCAGGCCAAAGAGGAGCCUGUGGACAUGAGCACCACCAAAAGUGAAAUUAAGAAAGAGAAGAGGCCUCCAUCACCAGAUGAUGUCAUCGUUCUGUCCGAUAAUGAGCCGUCCAGUCCUCAGAUGAACGGCCACUUCAAAGAACUCGACACUGAUCUGCUCAUGAAGAGCAGUCCUGAGGAGAGAGAGCGCAUCAUUAAACAGCUGAAGGAGGAGCUGAGGCUGGAGGAGGCUAAACUGGUACUGCUGAAGAAACUCCGACAGAGUCAGAUACACAAAGAAACCAGCGUUCAGAAGCCACUGGGUUCAGGAUCAGUGGCCACGCCUCCUCCGCUGGUUAGAGGCUCAGUGUCCAGUAAAGGAGCACAGCCUGUGAGUGUUGUGUCCGGUCGGAGCUCCGGUACGGUUAUACCCCCUCCUCUGGUGCGUGGAGGCCAGGUGUCCAAACACGGCUCUCAGAACUCUCAGAUCAUCAUGCCCCCGCUGGUCAGAGGAGGUCAGACGAUCUCAGUGACGCCGCAGCAGAUAGCGAGUUUGCGGCAGCAGCAGCAGCAGUACUCUGGGUCAGGACCGCCGCCCCUCCUGCUGGCUCCUAGGGCCUCUGUGCCCACCGUACAGGGCCAGAAACUCAUCCAGCCGGGCCUCAUUCGUGUGGCGAAUGUGGCCAAUACGAACCUGCUUGUCAACGUCAGUCAGUCCACAGCUGCCAACCUCAGUACCACCUCGGGGACCUCUCAGGGCGCAGUGGCCAGUGCCAACGAGUCUCCGGCCAGCCGACAGGCCGCUGCCAAGCUGGCCCUGCGAAAGCAGCUGGAGAAAACCCUACUGGAGAUCCCACCCCCCAAACCCCCUGCUCCAGAACUCAACUUCCUGCCCUCAGCUGCCAACAAUGAGUUCAUCUACCUGGUGGGCCUGGAGGAGGUGGUGCAGUGUCUGCUGGACACUCUGGGGAGAGGUAAAAUAGGUGGAGCUCUGCCUGCAGCGCUAGCUCCUACAGAGCCCUUCACCUGCACCCAGUGCAAGACGGACUUCACCUGUCGCUGGCGUAAGGAUAAGGGCGGGGCCGUAAUGUGCGAGCAGUGCAUGUCCACUAAUCAGAAGAAGGCGCUGAAAGCGGAGCACACCAACCGGCUGAAAGCGGCCUUCGUGAAAGCUCUGCAGCAGGAGCAGGAGAUUGAGCAGCGGAUCCUGCAGCAGGCCGCCUCGCCCGUCUCCCACUCACCGUCUUCAUCAUCGUCCCACGGAGUGAAGGCUGAGCAGCAGGUGAUCGUGUCCCAGAUGAAGCAGCGCUCCUCUUCCUCGCUUCAGCCUCAGCAGCACAGCAGAUCCACCCAGCCAAUCAGCCGCCACCAUUCCAGUAUCACACAGAGUCCUGCUCAGCUGUCCCGCAGCAUUCAGCAGUCUGUGGGGGCCCUGCGCGGGGUCCCACACUCCUUCUCACCGUCCUCUCAGCUCCAGAAUGCCGUGGCCGCCGCCGCGCUGGUCAGCAGGCCAGGUAAGCAUGCUGUGCGUCAGGGGUCAAAGAUCAACAGCAGCAGCAGCAGCAGCAGUGGCGGCAGCAGGAACCAAAACCCAGCCACCUCCUCCAACUGGAGGAAGCAGAACAGCGUGACACCAGGUGUGACUAUGGCCUAUGUGAACCCCAGCCUGUCUGUGCACAAGACUUCAGCCUCGGCUGUUGAGCGUCAGAGGGAGUACCUCUUAGACAUGAUCCCCUCCAGAUCCAUCUCCCAGACUGCAAACACAUGGAAAUAAAGCCUGCCACAUGUAACCUUCAGCUGAGCUUUCAUCAUGGCCACAAUCAGCCCCUGUCCACAUCUACAAACUCAAGAACCUUGCCUGAGAGUCUGGAACAGUUCCAAAACCUCACAGGAUGGAUUCUAGAACCUUUGGUUCCGGAACAGCUCUGGAUACACGGCGUUCAGUUGAGGAACACUUUCUAAAGAAAUCGAUCAAGAUGAGAAUGUGCCCUCAUCUUCAUCUUUACCUUCUACUACAGUUCUUUCGCUCAACAUCUAGAUUUUUGAUUGCUUUUCCCAGUACUUUGUGUUGUUUUUGUUUCUCUUGAAAUACUCAGCUGAUCGUUGAUCAUUCGGGAACAGUGUGAUUUUGUUGAAGUGAAUUGAAAAUAAAAAGAAACUAACAGGAAAAACAGGUUAAAGGGCUUCCACUCUUGCUGUCACUGCAAGGCUGUAAAUGACAACGGAAUCAUACUUCGUAACCCCAGACCGGAACAGACCCUAGAACGGCUCUGACGCUGGGUAGCUGUUACUCAUGCGAAUGAAGUGCUAGGAAGUCCACUUUGGGUUCUUCUGUUUGAUGGACUUUGAGCACCGGCACAAAGAGAAUGGGUGUCUGUGCUUGAUGUGAAAUGAAUCAUGGGUCUAUUUGAGACUGUAUAGCUUCAGUUCAUGGAGGAAAAAAAAACAAAUGAAUAAAACUUUUGCUAAAAAAAAAAAACCUAAAAAAAAAACAAAGACUGAAAAUCAAAUUCCAGAAAAAAAAUUAACAUUAUGAAUAAAUCUUGAAGCUUGAAAUGAAAGCUAGCGAUGAUAAAUGAAGAGCCGUUUGAGGCUGUCUUUAGGGUUUUGUUUGUUUUUUUGUUUUUCUUUCGAGUAUAAGUUAAGUUAUAUUGCUACGCCGACUUGAGGCUCGACUGGACUUCGUUUAAGUGUCUCAAGAUUUUGAGCUUCAGAAAUUGUUGGGUCCUCUGUAACAACACAGUACUUUAUUUUUCUUUGCUUUUAGUUUGAGGUUAGCCACAGCUAGAUCAUGCCAUGGCUUAUUUUAGCCCUGUGAGUUGUAUAGGUAACAUUUUAUAGAUCAUAAACAACCCUAAUGGAAGACCGUGGUGCAUGAGGGUGGUUUUUUUUUUUGUUUGUUUGUUUUUUUUUUUUUUUUUUUUUUUUUUUUUUUGUUACUCCUGCAACAUUUUUAUUCACAUAUUACGGUUCACAAAAUCAAAAGACAACACACAAUUGUAACACCUGAAGAAUCCAUUAGAGUCCAUUUGAUUGGACUCCUCAUGCAGUUAUAAUUUUAGAUGCCACUUAGCUGUGAACAUGACUUUGCCCAGCAGGCAGCUUCAGAAAUUGCACCUCAUGUUUCACUGCCUGGAGGUGGAGGCUUUUAGCGAUAGUUCAGUUUAGGGUUUGAUACACAAACAGCCAAGCCUUCAAACAUUCAGAUGUCAUUUGUAAGAUGUCAAAAAAAAAAAAGCACUGCAACAUUUAGAUCAUGUAACAUGUUUAGAGAAGGUAAUGCUCCCUCUACCAUUUUACAGUCAGAGUCUGUGCCCUGUUUAGCAUUUAAAUCUUUCCUUUCACGAGCAUUUCCUAUUUGGACCUUUUGUGGAACGUCUUUUUAAUGCGAUUGUGCUGUAGCACAAAACAAAACUUCAGCUCAUCUUGCUUCAUAUUUUAAACUCUGCUCUAUUACACUUUACCAAAACCUUUUUUUUUUUUUUCAUGUAAUUUUUGCCCAUUCUACCAUCCCUGGGCUUUGAGAUUUGAUUUCCCAGCACCCCUCAGUAUUGAUGCUGUACUGCUCAGCCAAUAGGAGACGGAGGCCGCCACGCUUUCCUGACCACUGCUGUUUGAUGGUGUCGCAUCGUUCUGUUUCCGGGGGAAUGGGCAGUGCUUGCUGUGUGUGGUGCCGGCUUGCUUGCUGCCUUUGGCCCCGUCGCACUGUACAAAGUGAUGUUACUGUUUGUUAGGUUUACUUUUGUUUCCCAGUUCUAUAAGGUAAUAAUAAAAAGACUUUUAACCCUUUCA